UUUGUUGGAAUGGCAUCAGCGGCUAAUAUUCUUGGCAAGAUUCUUUAUAUAUAGCCACGUGACCCCACUUUUAACAACCUUUUCUGUGACUGGAGUUAACCUGUGUUGGUUGUGUUUUCGUCAAUCCCAUUCCAUCGUUCCAAAUUAUUCGUUAAAGUUUAAAACAUGCCGAAAGAUAAGACUCAUAUAAACAUUGUGGUCAUUGGCCACGUAGAUUCUGGGAAAUCUACCACAACUGGUCAUCUUAUUUACAAAUGUGGUGGAAUUGAUAAAAGAACCAUUGAAAAAUUCGAGAAAGAAGCCCAGGAGAUGGGUAAAGGCUCAUUCAAAUAUGCAUGGGUCUUGGAUAAACUAAAAGCAGAACGAGAACGUGGUAUUACUAUUGAUAUCACAUUGUGGAAGUUCGAAACAGCUAAAUAUUAUGUAACUGUUAUUGAUGCUCCUGGGCACAGAGAUUUCAUCAAAAACAUGAUUACUGGCACAUCUCAAGCUGAUUGUGCUGUAUUAGUAGUAGCAGCUGGUACUGGUGAAUUUGAAGCUGGUAUUUCUAAAAAUGGUCAGACAAGAGAACAUGCUUUGUUAGCUUACACACUAGGUGUGAAACAAAUGAUUGUUGGUGUAAACAAAAUGGAUACUACUGAACCACCUUUUAGUGAAUCUCGAUUUGAAGAAAUCAAGAAGGAAGUAUCCACAUAUAUUAAAAAGAUAGGUUAUAAUCCAGCUACUGUACCAUUUGUUCCAAUUUCUGGAUGGAAUGGUGAUAACAUGUUGGAGCCAAGUACUAAUAUGCCUUGGUAUAAAGGAUGGUCCAUUGAAAAGAAAGGUAACAAAAUUGAUGGUAAAACACUGCUCCAGGCUUUGGAUGCUAUGGAUCCUCCUUCUCGCCCCCUCGAUAAACCUCUUCGUUUGCCUCUUCAAGAUGUCUACAAAAUUGGAGGUAUUGGUACUGUGCCAGUUGGAAGAGUUGAAACUGGUAUUAUCAAACCUGGUAUGGUUGUUACCUUCGCUCCUUGCAACUUGACCACUGAGGUGAAAUCCGUGGAAAUGCAUCACGAAGCUUUGACUGAAGCUGUUCCCGGUGAUAAUGUGGGCUUCAAUGUUAAAAAUGUGUCUGUAAAAGAAUUAAGGAGAGGGUAUGUAUGUGGAGACAGUAAAGACAAUCCUCCCAAGGCCACUGAGGAAUUUACUGCUCAAGUCAUUGUGUUGAACCAUCCAGGACAAAUUUCUAAUGGAUACACUCCAGUACUUGACUGUCACACAGCCCAUAUAGCUUGCAAAUUCAAUAAAAUCAAGGAAAAGUGUGACAGACGAAGUGGCAAGAAGUUGGAAGAUGAACCUAAAUUUAUCAAAUCUGGUGAUGCUGCCAUCAUCGAUCUUGUUCCAAGCAAGCCCAUGUGUGUUGAGACCUUCACAGAUUUCCCUCCUCUUGGAAGGUUUGCUGUCCGUGAUAUGAGGCAAACUGUGGCUGUUGGUGUAAUUAAAUCUGUUAAACCAAAGGAUCUAUCUGGAGGAAAAGUUACCAAAGCAGCUGAAAAAGCUUCUAAGAAGAAAUAAAAAUUGUGAUCUGGACUGGUCCUGCUUAAUUUUGGUAGCAUAUAAUGUAUGUAUAUCAGCUGAUUAAAUUAAGUUUGGCAGACAAAUGUUACUGUCAAAAUUGGAUGUUUGGUACCAGUUUUUCAGAUUUGCAAUAAAGAUCAAUUGCAAAAA